UGUAAAUUUUGCCGUUAGAACUAGCUAUCAAUUCGCAAAUUCUCGCACCUUGCAAAUAGGCCAUCGCAGAUGUAACAACCAUUACCAGAGCCGCUCUCCGUCGCAACAGCGAUGGAGCUGCAAUCUUGUUUAAAUGUUUAAUCUUUGGUCUUCAUCGCUUUGAAGCAGCUGCCCUCCAGUAAUGAGCAAAAGCGCAAGGCGCAUUGCUUCGAGUGUAAUCUGCUGACGCUGUAGAUGAAAAAGUGCAUGCCCAAAUUCAGCCGCACCGGUAUCAGUCAAAUAACAGCGACAUAAACAGUGAUUUGCUUGCAAGGUCACAGCUAGCACAACACAACUGAGAGAUGGUUUGCACCGGUGAAUGGAUUACGCAGCGAGACUGAUCAAAGGUUAAGUCAACUUUGAGCGGUCAGUGAGCCACAUGCGCGGAGUGCAAAUCAUUCCCUUGACCAUUGUGCGCUCGGCUUUGUUGACACUCGUGACAUUCGGAGUCUUCGAUUCGGUUCAUCGAAUUAUUUUGAUGCUGCGCUGCAUUGGUUUACUUCAACUCGACGAUUUCCAGUUUCUCAAAGUCUAAAUAGGAUGGCGACUGAUCAGAAGACCAAUCCACCCCAAUUUGGAUCUGAUGAAGAGAUCGGGUAUGUGGGUGAUUCCAUGAAGGCCCCGAUUAUUAAAGAUGACUAUGACCCGGACAAAGACACAGGCGAUAAAAAUUUGACAACGUAUUUCGAGACAUUGAUUCACAUGCUGAAAGUUAGUUUAGGUACUGGAAUUUUAGCGAUGCCCAAGGCGUUUUCCAAUGCGGGUUAUUUGCUGGGCAUUAUAGGCACUCUUGCUGUUGGAGCCCUCAGUACUUAUACAAUGCAAAUGCUUGUGCGGUCAGAAUAUGAGCUGUGUAAAAAGCGACGAGUUCCCAGAAUGACGUAUGCUCAAACAUUCGAGGCAGCAUUUGCAGAAGGACCCAAGACAUUUAGACCUUUAGCAGGAGCUGCGGGGGUGGCGUGCAAAAUAAUUCUCUUUUUGUUUCAAGGCGGUGCUUGUUGCGUGUACAUUGUAUUCGUGGCUGAAAACCUGAAAGCGGUGGGAGAUCAGUACUUUGGCAAAACGGAUAUCCGGCUCUACAUGGCAUACUUGCUGGGGCCUUUGAUCCUGAUCUGUUGGUUGCGUAACUUUAAAUAUUUGGCACCGGUGUCGUCCUUUGGUAACGUAAUGACGUUGAUUUGCUACUGCAUCACGUUUUACUAUAUGCUCUCCGAUUUACCGAGUUUCUCCACCAGACAAGCGGUUGUUGAGUUGGAUCGGUUUCCUCUUUUUAUCGGAACGGCUCUUUUCGCGAUGGAGGCGGUUGGAGUGGUGAUGCCUCUGAAGAGUGAGAUGAAAAAUCCACGUCAGUUUCGGGGCUGGUUUGGUGUGCUAAACUGUGCAAUGGUACCUAUUACGAUCCUCUACCUUUUGGUAGGUCUUGCUGGAUACCUAAAAUACGGAGACUCAGCAAGAGGCAGCAUCUCACUGAAUUUGCCGGAUAAUGAAGUUCCCGCGCAAUGUGUAAAAGUAAUGCUGGCCUUCUCUGUCUAUAUUUGCUACGCAAUCUGCGCCUAUGUAACGUUUCAAAUGCUGUGGGGUGAUUAUUUGGAACCAAAAUUUGAAGAAUCGAAGAAAAAAUUAGUUUACGAAUACAUCGGAAGGACACUACUCGUUUUAGUGACAUUUGGACUGGCAGUUUCGAUCCCGAACUUAGAGUUAUUCAUAUCGCUGAUCGGCGCCCUAGGAUUGGCGAAUUUGGGCGUUGCUUUCCCAACUAUAAUGGAGUUGCUCACACGUUGGGACAAAUAUCACGGCUGCCUUUUCGCUCUCUUUCUACUCAAAAAUAUCUGUCUGUUAUUCGUAGCCGUUUACGCAUUUUUCAUUGGAGGAUCCACCAGUAUUAUCAACAUCUACAAGAAAGUAAUCGUAGGCUCGUGAUGUGCGUAUUUCAUAGGAUUUAUUGAAAUCACUCCGUCCAAAGACUGAAAAUUUGGAACAGUUUUCAGUCAAUCUGAUUUCUGGUAAGAAAACGUACAAGGGAACCGUGGCCUUGGUUUGCGUGCAAUACACGCGAAGAACAUCAGGCUUUGAAAAGUCUGAAUAAUGACCAUUCUUUAUGAUUUCCAUGGCAGAUUAUUCAGAAGAUAAUUUCACUUAUUUCUCCUGGUUUCAUAAAACCAUUAAAUUGAUUGAGCGAUAAAAUACACCUGUGAUUUCAUCUCAACUAGGGUUCUGAAUUGCAGGUGAGUAGAAGCUCAUUUUUUUAAAAAAUAAUUACGUGGAGAGUGAAAAAUCGAGGUAAAUAAAGUGUGUAAGCAAGGAAUGUUCCUUAUCUUCAUAAAUUUUUUUUUUUUUAAAAAAAAUAUGACCGAGUUAGUUUCUAGCGUUCCAAAAAGUCAUGAAUGCUUUCUCGGAAGAGUUAAAUUUUUAGCUCAUAUAGAUAUUAAAUCAAGAAAAACGAACAAAAAGUUUAUUUUGUUUAUCAUGUAAUGUUAACACUAUAGAUCUCUAUCAAAGAUAAUCGUAAAAUUCAAUAGUUUUUAUUUAUUAGAGCAACUUCACUAACGAUUCAUAGUGCUUGUUUUUAAAUUAUAAUUUCAUGUGUUGCCUGUGUCUACUUUAUAUAUUUACGAGUUUUACUUUGUAAUUUUUGAAAGAUGACGUCGACUUUUAGUCGCUCCGAUAUUAAGCAUGAAAGAGUUAAGAGUAAAAAGUAUUGAUUUUCGUCAAGCAACCUCUCAAAGGUGAGAGCUACUAUGAAGUUGAAUUAAAGACAAGAUUUUGGACAAAGACUUUUGUUUUACGUACGAUACACUGCAUACCUGUGUAAAUGAAGGCACUUGAUCACCUGCAAUUCCAAGCAGAGUUGAUAUUCUUACCACGGCUCAUGCAGCUAACUGCGAUGAAAUUCUUACAAUCAGUAAUUUAAACUGUUUGGUUCAUCGUGCUCUGACGACAUGACAUAUCAAAUCAAAAUUUAGAAAUGCCUAAUCAAAAUGAAAAAUUGUUGAUAAUAGAUGUCCAAAGACGUAUUUGUGCACCAAAAUUGUAACAAGCAGUAUUUAUUAGUUAUGUUGGACUUUUUUUGCAAAGAUCUGCGUAGAAUAUUAAAAACUUUGAUGGUUCAAAAUGUGUGUUGGGCGUUGAAAAUACUGUAAUAAGCUGUUCAACUGAAAAAAAAAUUUCUAGGAGCUUUGCUGGAAACCUGCCACCGAACAGUUAAGGCUCUAUUGUGGUUUUUGGUUGGUUGUGACUGUAUUUUACUUAGCUGACUGGUGUAAAAAGAUAAUGAACAGACCUGAACAUCACUAAUUGAAUUAAUAUUUGAGUAUUUUAAAAAAACAAGUUAAAUUUUGUUUAACCAUUUUGUUUUUACAGAUGUGCUGAUAGUCAGUAAAGCAACUAUUCAUAACUCA